CACUCUCACUGGAACCUCCACACAGAGCCGGACGGGAGAAAAAAAAACAACAACACUUUUUUAAUUUCACUUCUUGAAGCUGGCAGCUCCUCCGGCUGGGUGUCACUCCUACAGGAGCGCAGAGAGUCUCUCAUUCCCUCCCGUCUCUCCUUGAGCGGAGCGCAAACAGGAGUUCCACCAAAGUCUCCGACGCGCAGCGGAGAUGGUGACUUUACAGCCGGGAUCUGAAAGCAGCCCCAACUGAUCUACUUCUUCCUGACCCGCAGUGCGUCACCUUCAAACCCCACAAGAGUCUCCAAACUUUCCCAGAGUCUGCGCAGCGCACGUGGAAGAAGCGAGUCCAGGCACCGUUCAUGAGUUUUAAAGUCAUCUGCAAGUGAGAAGAGGGUGUUGGAGCUGAAGUCUCUAAUCUCCAAUGAUGUCUUCCAUGCGAGCAACGCCUCCUUUUCACCCGUCGUCUGAGGAGGCGGAUCUGAUGGGUCAGGACAACGCGGCCUGGGCCGGAGACGAGCGAGAAGGUCCGACGGUGAUGGCAUCGCCCCCUUUGGACGAUCAACCCCACCCGGAGGACGUCCAGCUCGCCGGGAAGAAAGCAGGAGACGUUGAGUGGGAAACAUCCGCUCCCCCCACUGGGACGGACAAUGAAGGCAGCAAAGGCUGCUCUGGCUACGCUUACCGGACUAACUCCUCCUCUCCUACCAAGCCAGAGGAGUGCUCCAGAGAUCGAGGAGAGUCUGUGAUCGGCCUGGCCUUUGGGACUCCGGAGCGGCGUAAAGGAAGUCUGGCUGAUGUGGUGGAUACACUGAAACAGAAGAAGCUUGUGGAGCUGACCAAGUCCGAACAAGAUGAACCCUCUUGCGUGGUGAGGCUGCUUUCCAAAGACUGGAAGGAGCACGUUGAAGGCCUUAACGCCAACGAACUACUGGGGGACGUGAAAGGUACACCGGAGUCACUUGAGGAAAAGGAGCGGCAACUUUCAACCAUGAUUGGUCAGCUGAUCAGUCUGAGGGAGCAGCUUCUGGCUGCCCACGACGAGCAAAAAAAAAUGGCGGCAUCACAAAUGGAGAAGCAGAGACAACAGAUGGAGUUGGCAAGGCAGCAGCAGGAACAGAUUGCCAGACAGCAGCAGCAGCUUUUGCAGCAGCAGCACAAGAUCAACAUUCUCCAGCAACAGAUUCAGGUCCAGGGUCACAUGCCUCCUCUGAUGAUCCCUCUGUUCCCUCACGACCAGCGCUCUCUGGCUGCUGCCGCCGCUGCACAGCAAGGCUUCCUCUUCCCACCCAACAUGUACAACAAGCCAGGUGAGAAUUACCCAAUGCAGUUCAUUCCAUCAACAAUGGCAGCCGCCGCAGCAUCUGGACUCAGCCCGCUACAACUGCAGCAGCUGUAUGCCGCACAGCUGGCAAGCAUGCAGAUCUCACCAGGAGCCAAGAUGGCUCCCCUCCAACAAGCUCCUAACUCCUCCGGUCCUCUUUCACCACCCAACCUCAAGAGUGAGAAACAAGUAUCCAGCCCCGUCACUCAGAUUAAGGAAGAGGGAUCCACACAGCCACUCAACCUCUCAGCCAGACCUAAGACAGCCGAUCCUUAUCGCUCUCCAUCAUCACCAACACAGAGCCUGCUACCUGGAAACAAGAGCAGCCCGAGCAACAUGGGCAAGGGUCGCAUCCCCAGCCCCAUCCCCAUCCCAAGCAUGGGCAGAAACACCUCUCUGGACAUCCUGUCCAGCCUUAACUCCACAGCAUUGUUUGGGGACCAAGACGCGGUGAUGAAAGCCAUCCAGGAGGCCAGGAGCAUGAGGGAGCAGAUCCAGAGGGAACAGCUCCACCAUCAGCAGCAGCAGCCGGGCCACCAGAGUCUGGAGGCCAAACUGUCCGCACUCAGCAGCAUGAACCUAAACAACAGCAACAAGGAGAGGCUGCAUUAUGAGACUCUGAGCCAGCACCUGGGGAAGCUGGGAGAGGAUGCAGGGAAGAUGGUCCAUCGAGUCAUUGACCUGACUAGACCAGAGGAUCUGGAUGGGAAUACUAUCACAGAGGCGCGAGUGUUCAGAGAGGCACGCGGCAGGAACAGCAGCGAGCCCCACAUCAAGAGGCCCAUGAACGCCUUCAUGGUUUGGGCCAAAGACGAGAGGAGGAAGAUUCUGCAGACCUUCCCUGACAUGCACAACUCCAACAUCAGCAAGAUCCUGGGUUCUCGCUGGAAAGCCAUGACCAACCAGGAGAAGCAGCCGUACUAUGAGGAGCAGGCCCGCCUAAGCAAAAUCCACUUGGAGAAAUAUCCCAACUACAAGUACAAGCCACGGCCCAAGAGGACCUGCAUCAUCGACGGCAAGAAGCUGCGCAUCGGGGAGUACAAGCAGCUGAUGCGCUCGCGGCGUCAGGAGAUGAGGCAGUUUUUCGUGGGGCCUCAACCCCAGAUUUCUCUCGGCAACAGUGCAGGAGGUGUAGGAGUUUACCCAGGCGCAAUAACCAUGGCAACAACAGCAACACCCUCACCACAUCUGACCUCAGACUGCUCGAGCACCUCGGGCAGCCCUGAACCCAACAUCCCGGUCAUCCAGAGCACAUACGGGGUGAAGUCAGAGCCCGGCGGGGGCAGCAACGGAGCAGGGGUCGGCGCUAUGGAUCUACCUGGAGACCCCGCAAACGGAGACGAUGACAUGGACAUGUACGAGGACUUUGAAGACGAGCCCAAAUCGGACUAUAGCAGCGAGCACGAAACGAGGGAGGUGGUUAGCGCCAACUGACCACGAUGGGAGCGUGUAAAAAUUAAAAAGAAAGGGGGAAUCCUUUUACACCUAGAGACAAACUUUAUUAGAGACCUCCAGGUAAACUAUCAGGACAUGUUCAUGCAUUUACAAGGCACGCCCAUUUGCUCAGUGAGCGGUGGAACAGUCUCAUGACAGGCGCUCCUGUUGAAGACCAGCGGGGGGCCGACUGGGCAGAAAGGGCCCCACGAACACAACCUCAAUAAUCAUUCAGACUUUGACAUGACAAAGAGCUGCAGUUUCCUACACUCUGACAAUCGUUAAAGGAGCAAGAAGAGCGAGACAAGGAACAAAUGUGCAACAAACACAUCACACACGCCGUGGAGAGCAUGCAUGUUUUUUUUUGGUGGUUUUUUUUUUUUUUUUAAGCAUCAACAAAUGCUCUUUGACAGCUAUUUGGUCUUAAAUGUUUAAAGAGUGUGUU